UCGGCCGGCACUUGGGUGUGGUUUGCAGGCAGGGGUACCGUUAGCAGGAAAUCUCGAGUCCAUUUUACUUUAAGGCGAAACAAAGGAAAAACAACCCCCGCGCGCGUAGGGUUUAAAAUAGCUCUUCGUAGUCAAGCAGAAAAAAAAAAGAAAAGUAAGGUUUUGUUCCCUCGAGACGGGAAGGCGUUUGGUUGGCGCCGUUGUUCUGAUGGGAAAAAGUUUUCUCCCGGUUUCGUUAACUGCUCUUCUUAUUUAAUAACUUCACACAAAGCCUGAGCCGGACGUCAAAGAAAGACAAAAUGCCGAAAACGAUUAGUGUAAGAGUCACCACAAUGGAUGCUGAACUGGAGUUCGCCAUCCAGCCCAAUACAACAGGAAAGCAGCUCUUUGACCAGGUUGUGAAAACCAUUGGUCUGCGAGAGGUUUGGUACUUUGGACUCCAGUACCAGGACACAAAGGGUUUCUCAACUUGGCUGAAGCUCAAUAAGAAGGUAACAGCCCAGGAUGUGAGGAAGGAAAGCCCACUGCUCUUUAAGUUCCGGGCCAAGUUCUUCCCUGAGGAUGUCUCAGAGGAGUUAAUCCAGGAUGCCACACAGCGGCUGUUCUUCCUGCAGGUGAAGGAGGGAAUCUUGAAUGAUGACAUCUACUGCCCUCCAGAAACAGCAGUCCUCCUGGCCUCCUAUGCGGUGCAGGCCAAAUAUGCCGACUACAACAAGGAAGUCCACAAACUGGGCUAUUUGAGCGGUGAACACCUGCUCCCUCAAAGAGUUCUGGAUCAGCACAAACUCAACAAGGAACAGUGGGAAGAGAGGAUUCAAGUGUGGCAUGAAGAACACAAGAGCAUGAUGAGGGAGGAAUCCAUGAUGGAGUAUCUGAAAAUUGCUCAAGACCUCGAGAUGUAUGGAGUCAAUUACUUCAACAUCAAAAAUAAGAAGGGAACAGAGCUGUGGUUGGGAGUGGAUGCUUUGGGUCUGAACAUUUAUGAACAAAAUGACAAAAUGACGCCCAAAAUUGGAUUUCCAUGGAGUGAAAUAAGAAACAUUUCCUUCAAUGACAAGAAGUUUGUCAUCAAGCCAAUUGACAAGAAGGCGCCUGACUUUGUAUUCUAUGCUCCAAGGCUGCGCAUCAACAAGCGUAUUCUGGCUCUGUGCAUGGGCAACCAUGAACUGUAUAUGCGCCGCCGCAAGCCUGACACCAUUGAAGUGCAGCAGAUGAAGGCGCAGGCUCGGGAGGAGAAGAAUCUCAAGAAGAUGGAGAGAGCUCUGUUGGAAAAUGAAAAGAAGAAAAGAGAACUUGCAGAGAAGGAGAAGGAAAAGAUUGAAAAGGAGAAGGAGGAAUUAAUGGAGAGAUUAAAGCAGAUUGAGGAGCAGACGAGAAAAGCCCAACAGGAGCUGGAGGAGCAAACGCAGAAGGCUCUGGAGUUGGAGCAGGAAAGGAAGCGUGCUCAGGAGGAGGCUGAACGCCUGGAGAGUGAUCUUAAGAGUGCCGAGGACGCCAAGAUGGCGCUGCUGCAGCAGUCAGAGAACCAGAUGAAGAACCAAGAGCACCUGGCCACAGAGUUGGCUGACCUGACCUCAAAGAUUUCCCUGCUGGAGGAUGCCAAGAAGAAGAAGGAAGAAGAAGCAAUCCAGUGGCAGGAGAAGGCUACCAUGGUGCAGGAGGACCUGGAAAAGACCAAAGAAGAGCUUAAAAACAAAGUGAUGGUACCUCAGGAGCCCCUAAAUGCAGAGAACGAGCAUGACGAGAAUGACGAGAGCAGCGCCGAAGCCAGUGCCGAGUUGACGGCCGCUGCAGCAUAUAAGGACCGCAGUGAAGAGGAGCGAAUGACUGAAGCUGAGAAGAACGAACGCUUGCAGAAACAUCUACUUGCUCUAAGCUCGGAGCUGGCCAACGCCCGGGAUGAGACCAAGAAAACGGUGAAUGACAUCAUUCACGCAGAGAACAUGCGAGCCGGACGAGACAAGUACAAGACCCUCAGGCAGAUCCGGUCCGGAAACACCAAACAGCGUAUUGAUGAGUUUGAAUGUAUGUGAUGUCUGCAUUCACGAAUGCAAAAGCCCACAGAGCUGGGCCUUUCUGCCUGGACUGCAGUCCUGCCUCACUCAAGCUGUUUUCUCUGUACCCAAAUAAAAUCAGAUCCAUCAUAUGACGUGGCUGUAAAAGCACAGCUUGUUGUACAAAUCUGGAUCUGCAAGACUCUGUUUUGUUACCAUUUCUUACUUUGAAUUUAGGCAAGUCACUGGUUGAAAAGGGACAUACUGUAUUUUAUUAGUGCAUUCCUCACUAAUUAUUUGUAGGGGUAUUUGUAGCGUAUUAGUAAUGGGGUCAUGCCUCAUUUCUUGACACAUCGAGCAAGCAAUUUUUAGUUUCUUUUAUCUAUUUCUUCACAUUUUUAUAUCAUGAUUUCAAAAUAAAAGCUGUAGAAAUCCAUCUAAUGCCAUUCACAAAUUCAAAUUGUGCCAUAAACAUAUUGCACACAAUUCUUUACGGCAAGCUGGACUUUUUUUUAAUUAUUAUUAUUUUUAGAAACGAUGCUUUCAUGCAGUUUAAAAUCAACUGCACUGUAAUCUACACGAGCAAAUGCAAAUAACAUGACUGAAGUGUUUGUACGGAACAUAAAGCAGCAGCAGUAUUAUUAUUAUUUGUUUGAAACUUUAUUUACUUUUAAUUUUACUGUGCUCAGAAUCUCCCUGUGGUUACGAGUCACAGUAUUUACAGCCUACCGGCAAUAUGAUAUGAAGGAUCUUCUAAGUACUUUUUUUUUUUUUCUGUUUUUUGCAUUUUUCUUUAAGCCACGCAGCUUCAAGGCCUCAGUGUAGAAUUCACUGUUGAAGCUUAAGCAAGCAAAAGUCUUAAGUGUGCACAGAGACAAAAAAAAAACUUGAACUUGGUUUGAAAUUUGCAAAUCCCAUAUGUUGGAACAAUCCAGUUUUAAAUCUAAAUAUAAAACUUUAAUGUGUAAGCCACAACUUGUGUUUUUCCUCAUGCUUAGACAAGAAAAUAGAAGGAAGCAUUGAUGCACAUCUGGUGACUGUAAAGUCGUUUUCAGCCCACGAAGCGAGGCUGAAAUCAAUUUGAUCUGCAAAUGAAGUCUGAUUGAAAUCUAUGGAAAUUUUCAGUUGAAUUUAACAGUUAAAACAUUUUUAGUUGUUUGGUUUUUAAAAGUGUCCUCAUAAGUCUUUGCCCUCUGCUUUUAAUUUUUACUAAUCGGUGAGGUGGUGUUUGGUUGUU